GCCAGGUACAUGAAGCAAAUUAUCUGUUAUGAAUAUAUAAAAAUCCAGAUGUACAUGUUUUAAAACUAAGUUUUUAGAAUUUAUAUCGGUUCUAAGCGUCAAAUAUAGCCUAGCAAGUUAAAUACAGCUAGUAGGUCUAAUGGAUGACCAAGAAUACAGUUUGCGCUGGAAUAAUCACCAGCCGAAUUUUAUCUCUGUGUUCAAGAGUCUUCUAGAACUUGAAGAGUUAGUAGACGUAACACUCUCUGUUGAGGGAAAACACAUUAAGGCUCACAAAGUUAUUCUCUCUGCUUGCAGCCCAUACUUUAAGCUUCUGUUCACAGUAGCUCCAAGUAAACACCCCAUUGUAAUUCUCAGUGAGAUGAAAUACAGCCAUUUGAAAACUAUUGUUGACUUUAUGUACCAAGGGGAAAUCAGCAUAUCAGAUGAGCAGCUUCCAGAUAUAUUAGAGGUAGCUGAGGCUUUGCAAGUCAGGGGUCUAUUUGAUCCAAACAAAAAAACAGAAAAUGCCUCAUCAGAACAAAGAGCCCCGGCUAAGAAACGAAAACGCAAGUCUGAGACUAAUGGUGAUAAUAAGGUUGUCCAAGGUGAAAUGAUACCACAAGAAAUGUUUGAGCAGAUGAAUUCUUCUGACUUGGGUUGUGAAGGAUUGUUUGAUCCCAAAAAGUGGUUACAAGAUGACAACCACACCUUCACUCAAGAAUUUAGUGAAUCUCCAAGUGAUUCUCUUUCCAUGGUGGUGCCCAAAAUAGUAAUAAGGAGCCCUACCCCUCCAUCCAGUCCAGAUAUUUCGCCGGAGGCUUUCUGCUCCCUUUCUCCGGACUUCUUCGUUGAGACAGUGAAAGAGGUACGACAAAGCAUAUCUCCCAGUAACGUGUCUGCUGAGGAUCUCCUGGGUCAAGCUCCACGUACUCCUAACACCUUUAAAUGGAAGCCAGUGUCUUGUGAUGAGGAGUGA